UCCCCAACAGCCCCCAACUACAGCCUCCGCCGCCGCCGCCGCCGCCUCAAAAUUCAAUAAAAUGAGCUCUUAUUUCGUCAACUCACUGUUCUCCAAAUACAAAACCGGGGAGUCCCUGCGCCCCAAUUAUUAUGACUGCGGCUUCGCCCAGGACCUGGGCGGCCGACCCACCGUGGUGUACGGUCCCAGCAGCGGCGGCAGCUUCCAGCACCCGUCGCAAAUCCAGGAGUUCUACCACGGGCCGUCGUCGCUGUCCACGGCUCCCUACCAGCAGAACCCGUGCGCCGUGGCGUGCCACGGGGACCCCGGCAAUUUCUACGGCUACGACCCGCUGCAACGCCAGAGCCUAUUCGGUGCGCAGGAUCCAGACCUGGUGCAGUACGCAGACUGCAAGCUUGCCGCCGCCAGCGGCCUGGGCGAGGAGGCCGAGGGCUCCGAGCAGAGCCCGUCGCCCACACAGCUUUUCCCCUGGAUGCGCCCGCAAGCAGCCGCUGGACGCAGGCGAGGCCGACAGACCUACAGCCGCUACCAGACCCUGGAGCUGGAGAAGGAGUUCCUAUUUAAUCCCUAUCUGACUCGCAAGCGGCGAAUCGAGGUAUCGCAUGCCCUGGGACUGACAGAGAGACAGGUCAAAAUCUGGUUCCAGAACCGGAGGAUGAAGUGGAAAAAAGAGAACAACAAAGACAAGUUCCCCAGCAGCAAAUGCGAGCAGGAGGAGCUGGAGAAACAGAAGCUGGAGCGGGCCCCAGAGGCGGCGGACGAGGGCGACGCGCAGAAGGGCGACAAGAAGUAGGCUUCAGCUGGGACUGCCAGGGCCGCGGCCGCCCGCACGUCCGCGGGUCCCGGCCGCACCGCCGCCGCGCGCCCCUGCCCGAGAGAGCUCUGGCCCCGCUAGCGGGGCCAGGAGCCGGGCCUCCCACCGCAGCGUCCCCCGCCGCGCCAGUCCCCGCUAGUGGUAGUAUCUCGUAAUAGCUUCUGUGUGUGAGCUACCGUGGAUCUCCUUCCCUUCUCUUGGGGGCCGGGGUGAAAGAAAAGGAUUUAAGCAAAGACUCCCUCGCCCUGUGAGGGCGAGCGGCUAAGGCCCGGCUGAGCCCCCCAUGCCCCUCCCACCCCGUGUAAAAAGCCUCCUUGUGCAAUUGUCUUUUUUUUCCUUUGAACGUGCUUCUUUGUAAUGACCAAGGUACCGAUUUCUGCUAAGUUCUCCCAACAACAUGAAACUGCCUAUUCACGCCGUAAUUCUUUCUGUCUCCCUUCUCUCUCUCUCUCUCUCUUUCUCUCUCUCUCUCGCUCGCUCUCGCUCUCGCUCUCUCUCUCUCUCGCUGCGUCCUCAUUUCCCCUCCCAAUCCUCUCUCCCCACUGCACCCCCCCAGCUCGCUGGCUUUCUCUCUGGCUUCUCUCUUUUCCUCCUCCACCCACCCCCUUUGGUUUGACAAUUUUGUCUUAAGUGUUUCUCAAAAGAGGUUACUUUAGUUAGCAUGCGCGCUGUGGGCAAUUGUUACAAGUGUUCUUAGGUUUACUGUGAAGAGAAUGUAUCUUGUAUCCGUGAAUUGCUUUAUGGGGGGGAGGGAGGGCUAAUUAUAUAUUUUGUUGUUCCUCUAUACUUUGUUCUGUUGUCUGCGCCUGAAAAGGGCGGAAGAGUUACAAUAAAGUUUACAAGCGAGAACCCGA